AUGCCGAAACGAUCUCGGCAACUUGGAAUUAAGACGCAGCCAUUUGCGAUGGUCGACCAUGUGCCAAUUCUGUCUGCGUUUCUGAAGAGGAAGUGUGAGCUGCGACGGUAUUUAGCCGACGUUGUAUAUACGACAGAAAUUAAUAUUCCAACUAAGAUGGUGAACAAGCAGUCCUAUCGGGAGCGUUUGCCACCGGGGGAUCAUAUAUUUGUAGAAGUCAUAAUGAGUAAGCUUGUAGGAAAUCGCAGACUAUGGGUAGAAAUUACUGAAAACGGUGCUGCAGGGCAUAUUGUCUUGGGUAAGAGUAUUGCAGGAGUGUCGUCAUUAAACGCCAUCUGCACUUCAGGACCUUCGUUUGCAAUUUCCUUCUGGAUAUUUCAGCCUUGUUCAGCUUCGAAGUCGGUGGCUAAGGCAUCACAUCUCGUUCGCUUCCAGUAUGAUGACCUUGGCGACGCUCUUGGAUGUUUCACACCCAAAUAUGGACAUCGUGGCGCGUUCGAGAUCGAGGUUCAAUGGGAGGAGCAGGGCAUACUAGUUGCAGAGGCUGGGUUUACAGGUAUGUGGGAGAGCAGAAAUCACCGAGUUGAUGAGGGCAUCUGCUCAAGAGUUGGCACGGACUUUCAUGAUGAUGCACCUCUUCACACCCAGGAAAAGGACGGCAGGCACGUUCGUCCAUGGCCUCUGCGUAGCGGACCUCUGCUUCAAGGCAUUGGAUCAGGUGUGACGGGAGACCCAGUGCAUAUCAAGAUUCAUGAAUCAUAA